AUGAAAUCGAUCAAGUGUGUGGUUGUCGGUGACGGUGCCGUUGGUAAGACCUCCUUAUUAAUCUCCUACACUACCAACCAGUUUCCUGAGGAUUACGUUCCUACGGUUUUUGACAACUAUAGUGCCAAUGUGAUGGUAGGUGAUGAGAAAAUUACCAUUAACUUAUGGGAUACUGCUGGGCAAGAGGAAUACGACAAGUUGAGACCACUAUCUUAUACCCAGACAGAUAUAUUCUUGAUUUGUUUCUCUGUUGUUGAGCCUACGUCUUUUGAGAAUGUCAAGAAUAAGUGGAUUCCAGAAAUCAGACACCAUACACCAAAGGAGACCCAGAUUCUUCUAGUCGGUACAAAGUCUGAUUUGAGAGACGAGCCACAUUGUCUUGACGAGCUUGACGAACAAGGUCUGAAGCCGAUCUCCGAGAAGGAGGCGAGAGAUUUUGCAAAGGCAUUCGGUAUGGUGGGUUACUUGGAAUGUUCUGCAGCGUCUCAGAAGGGUGUCAGAGAGGUUUUCGAUUGUGCUAUAAAGAGCGUCAUCACCGAAGACGAGCCUGCUGAAAACGCUCCACAACAAGCAGCUUCUCAGCAAGGACAACAAGGACAACAAGUACAACAAGGACAACAACAGCAGAAUCCUCCAAAGCAACAACCUACCGAGACAUCGGCGGCCCAGAAUGCAGAGGCAAAGUCGGCUGCAAAGGUGCAACAAAAACCGGCCAAGCCAGUUGCAUCUAGUGCUCCAAAGACUUAUAUUCCGGCAAAGAAAUCGAAAAAAUCCAAGAAGUGUACUAUUUUAUAG